UCCCGUGGUGCUUAGCUCCCAGCGGCACAGCCGAGCGCUCGGGGAGAGGCAAGAUGGCGGACGUGCUGGAUCUUCACGAGGCCGGGGGCGAGGAUUUCGCCAUGGAUGAAGAUGGGGACGAAAGCAUCCACAAACUAAAAGAAAAAGCGAAGAAACGGAAGGGCCGCGGCUUUGGCUCCGAAGAGGGGUCCCGAGCGCGGAUGCGGGAGGAUUAUGACAGUGUGGAGCAGGACGGCGAUGAACCAGGACCGCAACGCUCUGUUGAAGGUUGGAUUCUCUUUGUCACUGGAGUCCACGAAGAAGCAACUGAGGAAGACAUCCAUGACAAAUUUGCUGAAUAUGGGGAAAUAAAAAACAUCCACCUUAAUUUGGACAGGCGUACGGGAUACCUGAAGGGGUACACACUAGUGGAGUAUGAAACAUACAAAGAGGCUCAGGCUGCCAUGGAGGGACUGAAUGGUCAAGACUUGAUGGGACAGCCAAUCAGUGUUGACUGGUGUUUUGUUCGCGGUCCACCAAAGGGCAAGAGGAGAGGUGGCCGAAGACGAAGCAGGAGUCCAGACCGGAGACGCCGUUGAUAGAUCGUCUGUUGACCAGGUGGUCUCGCUUCGAGUCCAUUUGGUUAUCCUGCCUUGGAUAAAUAGGGCUAGGGUAGACUUGUGUUUAUAUUUAAUGUCUUACCCUAUCCACUUAGUUGUGUUUUGAGUUAAAAAAAAAAUAAAUGUUCAUUUUGUUUUUGUACACUUAAAAUUAUUUCUUGGUUCUCUGAACAACUAUUACGAGUCAUUGUGAAGACACUUGUGCCUCAAGUGGAAUUCUGAGUUUCUAGAAAGGCUCAAGGAGGCUGCUC